AUGAGAUAAUAAUUUAGCUCAGUCUUAGUUAUUCUUUACAUUCUUUAGAUUUUCACAUCUUAAGUUAAUGCCGAGGUAGAAAUCAGAUAUGAUCUCGAUCCUAGUGAACAUUUAGAUAUAUACGACGAAAACUUCACUCCAGAAAACACAGCUAUCUUCGAAAAUGGCACACUAUGGAUGCAUCAAGAGCAUCAUAGACUAAAAAUAGAAAUUAUGUGUUUCUUUUUCAAUUCUGAUGCUAAAAACUGUUUUGUAUCACUGCUAAGCAUAGUAUUCAGAGGAGAUUUCACUUACUAAACUAACAAGAACAUCAUUUUCAAUGAUGCAAGAUUCAAAUGCUAGAGGAAGGAUGGAAGAUUCUGCAAUAUAAGAUUCACUUCUUCAGGUGAUAACACAAGCUUUGAACUUAUCAAAAAUAGUCAGUUGAUAGGUGAACAGAUCGUAUUAUGGGGUCCUAAUUUGACUGUUAAAAUUGAUGCCUCAUCAUCAAUAAAUGCCACAGGCACCUCAGAUGAAAUAACUGGAACUCAAGCCAAUUAAGGUGAGGGAGGAUUCUGUGGGGAUAACAUAGUAAAAAAAAAUUAUGGAUCCUAUAAUACCUACCCUAACUUUGCAAAUGUUGUAGACCUAACAAAUAGGAUAGGCUCUUAAGGAAUAAAGGGAGAUAUCAAUACUAAUGGUGGCGGUAGGAUCAUAAUUAUGGCUGAUAGCGUAGUCUUACAAGGUAAAAGUGAUAAAUUACUGGCAAAUGGUUUACCUCUUGCCAUUAAUAGAACAUCUGGCAAGGAUCAAACAACUCUUAGGCAUGGAGGUUCUGGAGGCUAUAUUUAUCUUAAUACUUCUCAAAGAAUUCAAAAGAACCAGAUUGAUAAUGGUGUGAAGUUCUAGGCAAAUGGUGGCAAUGGCAAAAUAGGGGGUAGUGGAGGAGCUGGUGGUUAAAUCAUUCUUGUUAAAGUCUUUAUUGGUAGUGAGUUCUUAAAUUCUACUCCUGGGUAUGUUCAAGAUUACCAAAAUAAUAUCAUGCUAAACAAUACCUAGAUAUGUAAGCAUGGUGGACCAGGUAUUGUUUAUUUUUAAGAUCUUGAUUUUCUUACCAUCAAUCCCUAUUCAACACCUAAUAACAAAAGAACUUUUCUUAAUGGCAAUAACUCAACUUUAAUUUUAAAGUCUUUAGAAAUGAGAGACUACACUAGACUAAGUCUUUCAUAAAUUUCAAAUCUAACAAUCACAUCUUAAUUUAGAACACUUUCAAAUACUAGUAUAUCAGUCUUUGAAUCCCAAUAAGAAAGAUUAUUGAUAAAGACUGGUUCUCAAUUGAUACUAAAUUCUUUUACGCAAACUUAAACAUUAAGUUCUGGAAUAAGAAUCUAACCAAACUCAACAUCAUAAUAUGAUGUCUUGCUUUACUCAAAUAACAGAAUCAAUGCUAAUCAAGUAAUUCUUUAGGGUUAAUUCGUGGGUAUAAGAGGUUACAACAUAUCAUUACUUACUCCUACAAUUACAGCUGAAAGCAAAGUCACUAAUACUCCAACAAUCAACAUUUAUGCAUUUCAAAGGUUACAAUUGAAUGGUACAACAAAGAUUAACGGCAAUAGAAUAUGGAUUAGUGCACAAUCAAUUAACUCUAAUGAUGAGAUAUAAAUGAGCAGUUCACUUGAUGAUAAUAGUGUAUCUUAGGGAACAACCGGAAAAGAUAUCUCAGAUUAUCACAUUGCAAUACAAUCUGAUACAAAUAUCAAUUUUUCAAAGACUUCUACAAUAACUGCAGCUAGUAUUAGUCUCUAAGCUCUUAAUGGAAGCAUUAGCUUAGCUUCGCCAUAGUAUUAAACUAUUAGCACUAAGAUUUAUCCUAGCAUCAACAUACACUCUAAUGGAAAUAUAACUUUUUAAGAAUUCAAAAAUUAAGAGUCAAUUCUUAAAUCUCUUGGAGCUAUCUACUUAAUAAGUGGAAUGAUAGUAGAUCUAGGUGGAAGAGUUUCCAUUUUUACUGAUUUAAAAACUCUUUAGAGCUCAAUUACAGAUAUUACAUUAGCUAUUAAACUUCAAUAAGUCCAAGGAAAAGACAACUUACUUAUUUUGGAUUAAGACAAAUUCUAAAGCUUUAACCUAUUGCUACAGUCUGAUGCAGGAAUACAAAUAUCAAACUCUAUUAUUAGAGCUAGUUAGUCUUAAUCAUCUCUAGGUCUCAAUAUUAUCACCUAGAAUUUCCUUCAAAUCAACAGCAACUCUUAGAUAACAAGUGCAAGUUCGUUAAAUAUUGUGGCUCCUUCAAUAAUUGAUAUGGUGGAUGUGGACCUGAUUGAUGUCUUUUAAGAUGUGAUCCUUACUACCAAUGGACUUCUGAAUAUCUAAAACGUCAAGAUUUACGCUAAAACCCUAUAAUCUUAUUCCUAGGAUGUAUCUCUUGUCAAUUCAGAGUUCAAAUUAAACAGCACUCAGCUAAAUUAAAUGCAGUUAAACAUGACUGUGAUCAAUAGAGUGUCUGCUUAAGGCUUUAAUUUAACUACUUAAAAUAUGCUAAUGAAUGUUACAAAUUAAGUUGAAUUAUAGAACUCAAGACUCUAUUAUUCCUUGAAUGGAACAAUAAUUUCUAAUAAGUCUAUUUCAAUUACUAAUUCAACAAUCAGAGGUACUUAGUUAGAACUAUAUGCCAAUGAUUAGAUCAAUUUUGUUCAGCAAUCAUUGCUAAAUGUGACAGGUUAUCCUUAAAAGGAUCACAUAUAUUCAUUCAAAGUAAUAAGUACUAAAGAUUUAAGUAUAACUGAUUCAUUUGUAAGAUCCCGAUUUGAAUUAAACCUAUAGAUAUAUUCCCAAUUCAGUUCAAUAGAAGUUUAAGGAAUUUAAUUUGAUAGCUCAGUCAUCAACCCAACACUGGAGACAUUAUUACUCAAAGAGGCUCUCUUUACUCUCUCAGCUAUACUUAAAUAACAAUAGUUAAUUUACUAUCUAUCCAUGCAAUCUUCUGGUAGUGUGAAAUUAAUAGAUACACCAGUGAAUUCAUCUACCUUAUUCAUCAAUGCUCUAGGAGACAUCUCUCAUAACAAACCAGUGAAUCUAGUUUAAAGACAAGUCUUCCUGGAUAGUCCUUAUCCGUAUAAUGUAUCAGCAGGUGGAUCUAUUACCCUUAUUGGCGAUAUCAUAGCAGAUAAAGUUGUUAUUUAAAGCAAAUAAAGCAUAGAUUUAAGAAAUAUGAAGAUCAUUUCUAAUUUCACAUAAACAGGUAAACUCGCUCUCUCUGGAAAUCCUCUUUACUUUCCCUAUGCCUAUUAUGAUGUUGUUCUACUAUCUGAUUCAGGCUCAAUAACCCUAGAAGACACUUCAGUUUACCAUUUAGCAGGUGCCAUCAUCUCAAAUAGCUCUAUAACUACGGAUAAUUUCAAUUUCAUAUCGACACAAACUGACCAAAAUUACUAUGGUUGCCUUAUUCAUGCUUUGACUACUGAGGACUAGGAUAGUAUCAACUUUCUAAAUUCAAAGAUUGUCGCUUAAAAAUCAAGAUUCGAUGCAGUCUAUGUCGAAAUAUCAAACACAACUUUGACUCCAAUCAAUCAGGUUGACAUGUCUAGCCUGUUUAUUGAAGCAAGUUAAGAUAUUAUCCUUCUAAAUUACACCGUAUCCAUUAUUUUAUCUCAAAUCAUUUUAGAUAUCAGAUUAGACAAAACUAUCCAAUUAUCAUAAAAGCAGGUCUAUAUUAAUGGACCUUACAUUAUGAACAUCACCUCCAUUUCAGGAUAAAUUUCAAUUCAGACUGAUGUUUUCUCUGAUAAAGUCUUUAUACAAAGUUAAGGAGAUCUUUCAUUUGGUACUGGAAAAAUGGAUUCUAAUUAAUUAUUACAGGCAUAAGCUAAUCUGUAGAAACUUAACGUUUAAAACUCGUUCUAAUAUCCUAAUUAUGAUGUAGUCCUGAUGUCAUAAUUGAAGCUACUUAGAUCAAUUUGUCUACCGGUCAAUCAAGUAUAACUGGUUAGGAUGGAUCAAUUGUAUCAACAUCAUAUUAAAAACAAAACUUAUAUAACGCUGGAUUAAUACAUCUAAACAUCUUAGACUUAAGACUACCUUGAUAGCCAACCAAUCUUAAAUCUUACUUCAUCUUAGGGAUCAAUAACUAUUCAGAAAGAUAUUGUUGCUGAUAAACUCAUCAUCCAAAGUCAAAAAGGCAUUAGCUACUCGAAUGGCAACAUAAUCUCAAAUUAGACUAAUGCUGCCACUCUUAAAGCUUAGAAUAAUCAACAAACUAGUCCAUAUAAUCUAUAUGAUGUAGUUUUCAUGACUAUUGAUGGAGAUAUCUAAAUGAAUAAUUGCGCUAUUUCACAUUAAGCAGGAGUCUAUAUUACCAAUAAGUCUAUUUCUAUGACUCAGAUUUACUCUGAUAACUUGUAAAUCUAUACAAAUGGAUCACUUUCAAUUAUGCAAGGCACCAAUAUUUUCACCAUUUAUGAAAAAGAUUUCUAGCUUAAUCAAGAUAAAAAUAAAAAUAAUUAGUUCUAAACAACUUUAUAUUCAGCACAAAAAGCAGUUAUUUAGAAUCUCAAAAUGAAAACCUAUAGUACAGUUAUAAGUGCAGGAGAUUUAAGCAUAGGUUAAAGUUAGUUUUUAAGAUACUCUGAUCAAGAUUUGAAUAGAGUGAUCCUCAAUGUUUCCUCAAAUCUAUUAGCUACCUCUUUUGAAAGCAUUGUAUUUGAUUCAUGUGAUGUUAGAAGCUAAUCAAAAAGUAGCUUGGCAGACUCUGACAAAAAUUAUGAACUAACUUUUAUCAGUUCUGAAGGUCCAGUAUCUAUCCAAGGAAUGACCAAAUUUAACUCAGAUGACUUAAUGAUAUCUUCUGUAUAGAAUGUUUCAAUCAGCCGAUUGAAUCUACUUAUCUAGGAUCAAGAAAAGGGGGCAGAUCCGGAUAUAAGCAUAUAAACUAGCGAAUAUCUUAACUUAAAUGAAUAGGUAACAUUUACAGGAGGGGAUAUGAUCCUAUCAGGCACUAAAGGUGUAAUAAUGGACGGGGUUGCGAGCUUUUAUGAUAAGAAGGUAUAGAAAUCAUAGAGAACAGAUUAUACCUUCUAACUUCUUUCGUCUCAGGGAAGCAUAACUUCAGAUAGUCUCAGCAUAGAUGGUUAAAAUAUACUCAUCCGAUGUUCUGAUUUCCAGUCAAAUAAAUUAUCAUUGGAAUCAGAGGAUUACGAGACGAAGCAACCAGAUAUCAAUCUUAUAGCUAGUUCUAACAUCAACAUUAAGCAAGCCAAGAUUUACGGAGGUUAUAUUAAUUUGCAAAACAAUAAGAGGUUUACAAUUUAGAACUAUGAUAUCUAGAGCUAAUUGAAUGCCAGUCUUCCAGAAAAAGAUUAGAACGAUGUCAAAUCUGUAUACAUCUUGAGUAAAGACCAAUUAAUUCUAGAUACUGGAAGUAUUACUUCCCCUAAUAUGGCUAUCCAAGCAAAAGAUAUCUAUCUUUCCAAUACCAAUUUCAAUGCAACUAAAGUAUCAGGCUACCCAAAUCUUGGAUUGUUUGGAAUAAACACUUUCUAAUCAGCAGGAACUCUCAAUGUAAGAUUAAUUUACAAUUAAAUUACCAUCUAUUAGAUAAAUGGUGGUCUUAUUCAACUUGAUGGCACUAAUGGAUUUUCACUUGAUAAUUCUAAUUUUAAUAUACAAAGUAACUAAAGUCUCAUCAACUUCACUAACAUUGAUAAGAAUACAAUUAAUGCUGUUGCAAUCAGUUCUAAUAAGGAUGUAAGAUUGAGUUCAAACUAAAAUGACUCUGGUAAAAUCAAAGCCUAAAAUGUUAGAAUCAAGGGUAAAAACGUUAGUUUGUAUAAUACCCUUCUUGACUCCUCAUAUACCGAAGCAUAAUAAGCAUUAUAUGGCAAUGUUACUAUGAUUGCUAGCGAUUCUAUAAUGAUUUCAGAUCAAUCCAACUUACAAGCCAAAAAUAUAGAUCUAUAGGCUAAAUCCUAAUUGAGCAUAAUUAAUGGAGCUAAAGUAUAAGUCAAAAGCAAUGAUAAGAUACAAAGUAUAGAGUAAUUCCCUAUUAAUUGGAAUAUUUCACAAGGAACUAUCAAGAUUUCAUCGUCAGAUAUUAUCUCUAAGUAAGCUUUGCAGUUAGAUACAAACGAAAUCUAUAUAUACUCCUCAAACAUUAAAGUAGAAGAUUACUCAAUUAAUAAUGCUAUAAAUUCUAACAUAAGGUUAUUUGCAAACAACUUAAUUUCAAUUUCAAGUAAAACCUAAAUAAAUUCAAGAUAGCUAUUGAUGCUAUCUAAAUCUGCAUUGUAAAUUACAGAGGAUUCUAAGAUUUCCUCUACAAUUCAGAAUACAUGCAACAUAGAUGAGAGUUAAUAAUCAGAUCUAUUCUAUUGCUUACCUAAGUCAAGCACCGAUCAAGCUCUCUCUGAGCAGGACAUACUUCAAUAGUACAUGAUCGACUAUCAUAAGGAAAACAUCACAAGUAUUGCUCAGAUAUAUGACUAAAUUUAAGGAAAUUAUACUACAUUCAUUUUGGCUUAUGAUAGAAUAAAGGUUGAUUCAUCAAAUGUUGCUGCUCCUAGAAUAGGAAUGUGCAGCUCAACUAUACAAUUUACAUCAAGUAUUUUUGAUACUGAUGGAAGAGGAUGUCCUAGUGAUAGUGGACUUGGAGCUGGAGUAAAAUUUGAAGGUUGUGCAGCUACUGGUGCAGGCCAUGGAGGUAUGGGUGGAGCAGGAGCUAAACUGCUUGACUCUAAAGUUUUUGCUAACUGUGAAAAACUUCACCCAGUUUCCUAUGUUGAAUCUGAUUUAGAAGCUAGAUAUGAAGGAAGUGGAGGUGGAAGCAAUAUUAAAGACACAAAUAUGGGUGGAGCUGGCGGUGGUAUAAUAUGGAUAACAGCCGCAGAAAAAUUAUCUAUGCAAGAUACUAAUCUUACUGCAAAAGGACUUCCAGGAAAUGAUGAUGGCUCAGGAGUAGGAAAUGGAGGAGGUAGUGGAGGAAGUAUAUAGAUACUAGCAAGCAAACUUGAUGGUGAUGGACAUUUAAGUGUUUAAGGAGGUGAUGGUUCUAACUAUGGAGGAGGCAUGGGUGCAGGCGGAAGGAUAAUCAUAUAUUAUCUUGGGAAUUAUCUGUCUUAGUAUUAUUCCACAAGAUCACUUGAUUGGCUAGGUGACCUUGAUGUCAAUCCUGGAAAUUCAGGUAUUCUAGGUAAGAAUCAACAAAGAUUGGAAAAGAGUGUUGAGAGUUAAAAUGGUACAGUAUGGCAUCCUAGAUGUCCCUCAGGUCAUAGUGGUGGCUUUUGUAAUCCUUGUCCCAUUGGUACCUACAAGUAUGGAUACUCCUAUGGCAAAUGCAACUAGUGUGAGAAUAAGCCAGACAAUUCUUAUUAUACUUCAGUGGCAGUAGCUACUGCUUUAUGUCCCUAUGAAUGUAACUCUGGUAUUGAUAAAUCAGAUAUUAACCCUGACUGUCUUGGAGCUAUCGAUUUUUAAAUUUAAUAGUUUGGUAGUUAAUAUCUCUUGCUUUUGGUUGUAACAUUAUUCCUGCUAUUGACUAUGAUUUAAUGGAUUUGCUUAAUUAGAAAAUAAAGAACUAAGAGAUAAUUAGCAUCAAAGAGGAAAAUCAAAGUAGUUCUAGGCAUUGAAGAGUCAGAAAAAAUAUUAUAGUUAAAUUCAAAUGGGUUAAGAGAGUCAAAACUAGAAUCAGUUGAGGGAGCUAUUGUCAACAAAAAGCAUAUUGGCUCAAUAGAGACUUAAGAAAAGGAUUUAUGGUAUCACUCAUACAGAUUAUAUCUCCUAGGCUUCAACACUAUUAAAUUCCCUUGGAUUUUAACUAAAGAUAUGCCUUAAAACAUUAUUAGUGAGGAAAAUUUCAAAAAGCUAGAGAAUGUUAUCUAAAAUAAUCAUAAUCUCCUAGCUUGGUCAAAGCUGUAAUCAAUGGCAUUUGUUGUUUUAAAGGUGCUAUAUCCACCUUUCGCUACGAUUUUCCAUUAAUAAAUUAGAAAGACUAAGUAUACAAAGCUAAGAAAUCUUUUACUCAAGACAUUUGAUAAGGAUUUCUGGGAUGAUUACUCUGUUAACUAAUCAAUAAGAAUUCAAUGUUCAAAGUCAAACUAUGAACUAGCAUAGAUAGAUUUCAUUGAUUAUUCCAAGUAAUUUGAUGAUUAUAGAGGGCCUAAGUUACCAUUGAUUAUUCUAUUAUCAGGAUCAGGUACUUUUAACAGUCCUUAUCAUCUUGAUUACGAAACUGAUCCUCUCAUUAAAUCAAUAAUGAUGAUAGACAAAAAACAUUUAAGGAAUAAGUUGCCAAUGUACCUUGAAAAUUUAGAUACUCUACUGAAGAGAUUGAGCUUUUAUAAUUUGACUGGAUAAACUUUGAAAGAUUUAAACACAGUCUUAGAUCAUGUUGACUUUGGCAAUAAGCAUCUAUUUUUCCCAAUCAAUGCUAAGGCUACUUUAUAUCUCUUUGAAAAUAAAUUUAGUGAAGAUGGCUAGUAAAAGAGAAGAAGUUUUCCACUAGACUCUAAGUUCUUUGAUGCCUUUCCUAGAACAUUCAAGAUCUUAAUGCAUUAUGUUAAGUUGAGGCUAUAUCAGAAAAAAACAGAGAUUAAAUUUGGAAUAGUCUUUACAAAAAAUGAUGAAAAUAAGUAAAAGAAAGCUGAUGAAAAAAUCCAGCUUUACAUUCAGAGAAAUACAGUAAUGAACAGUAGUGCUUAUAAAAAGGCUAAGGGUAAUAGAAAUGACUCAAUUGUUGUUCAAGAUUCAACCAUAAUAGAAGAUGAGGAUAACUCCUUGAUAUAGACUUUGAAUAAAGAUAAGUAGAGUGAGGAGUAACCAACCUACAACAUUAAUUUCUCUAUUCAAAGACAAGAAACAUUCUUUGCAGAUUGUUUACCUGAUGAAUAUGGCGAUGAAGAAAUUGAAAAUUUAGAAGAGGAUAACUUUGAGGAGCAGAUUGAAAAGAAUUUCAGAACAAGCAUCAUUGACAAACCUUAAGAGAGACACUAGGACACUUAAUAUCUAGAGACUGUAGAGAAUCAAGAAUAGCAGGCUCGCAAACUAAUUAAGAGAGCUUUUUCUAUAUCAAAGAACUCAACUAAAAAUCUAGAGCUCUCUUUGAGAAAACCUAGAGAUAAGUGUAAACACAAAGUUCUUAAAUUCGUCUCUAUUCUUUAUUCUUUCUACACAAUCGCAUUAUAGCUCUAGGCCAAACCACCUAGGAAGAGAUACUUUAUGAUUUAUUUUGUGAUUUCUCUCUUGAUAUCUCUUGAUUGCUUGCUUGGUCUAAGCUUUUUACUACAUUUAUUGCAUCCGAUCUCAAAUAUGCAAACCAUUGGAGUACUAUAUUAUGGUAUUUACCCACUAUUACCUUUUGCUUCACCUAUACUUGGACUAUUAGGAACAAUAACUGGCUCUCCAACUUUCCUAAAGCAGUAUAUGGUAAUUAAUGCUCUGCUUUGCUUGUUCAAUUAUCCUAUUACUCUUAUUUCCCAGAUAGUAUAUGAUGAUGAGGUCUUCUUCAUUAUGAUAAUAUUUGUCAAACUCCUUCUAAAGUUCCCUAUCUCAUUCUUUGGAGCAAAAGUAAGAGCUGAUUUAGAAAAUCCCCAUUUCCACAAGAAUAGACUUAGAUUGAAGCAAAUGACCAAAGAAAAAUAAGAGAGAAUGAGCAAGGCUCUUGAAAAUAAUGAUUCUGAUGAUGAAUAUGAAUAUUCAAGCGAUGAUAAUAGUGAUGAAGAUACAAAUCUAGAAAAAAACCAAAAAUGA